GUCACGUGACUCCGCGGCAGCCCUGUCACAUGACCGCUCGGUGGUCUCUCUCCGUGGGUUCCCGUAAUCGCCGCGAUGUCGUCCGAACAUUUCGAGACGCUUCACGACCUCUUCACAGAGCGCUAUGAGCAGCUGCAGAGGAUGCCGCAGAGGCUGGAGGGCUGCCGCGGAGAGAAACGUAAAAGUGUCCUUCGAGAAUUUGACAAGAGGCAUCUAGAAGCAAAUGAGAUGCUUUUACAAAUGGAAGAAGAACUCCGAGGUGCCCCCCGGGCGUUCCAGAACCAAAUGUUGAGUAAGAUGCGUUCGUACAGGAAAGGCCUCGCAGAGCUGCAGCGAGAAGCCAGAAGUACUAAUACCGGAUUGGCCACGGACGACAGAAGGAAAGGGUUUUACAGCGCGGAGGACGAGCAGAGGGCGAGAGUAGAUCCACAAAGAGCGCUGCUCCUCCAAGGCCAUGAGAGCUUGAACAGGACUACAGAUAGUAUCGCCAGAAGCCACUGCAUAGCUGCCGAAACUGAUGCCAUCGGCCAGGAUAUUGUGGAAGAGCUCGGAGGACAGAGGGAGCAGCUAGAGCGAACUAAGGAUCGUCUGAUAAACACAGGUGAAAACCUGAGCAAAAGUCGGAAGAUUCUGCGCUCCAUGUCUCGGAAAAUUGUGACGAACAAACUCCUCCUAUCCAUCAUCAUCAUCCUCGAAGUCGCCAUUCUUGGCGGUGUGGUCUACUUCAAGUUUUUCCGUAAAGCAUGAUUGGUCCAGUGAAGGGUGACUUUUUUUCAUCUGUGAAGUACGAGUACGCCUAUCUCAGGGUGCGGGACGUAAGAAGCAUGGCGCGCGGCCCUGCAGCAUGUUUGCAUCGCUGCUGCUGCAGCUAACGGGACCUGUUUGUUAAUAAGGCAAUUGUUACUUCAGCAAUUCCCUGAUACUUAUUAUACCUCCCUAGUAGUGGAGGAGAACUGUAAAGUAAUUGUGACACAGAGGAGACCAUGAUGUGUCGCAGGUGGCAUCUGUUGUUUCUUACAUUAUAAUUUUGUAUUACA